UUGAAUGGACACUUUAGCCAUGUGAACAAGCGCACGCAGUACGAGCGACCUUCGUACGCGGCGUAUCUGAAGAACAACGAGCCGGCGGCUACGACGCAGUCGUAUCCAUGCGCUGUCGGCAGUAGCGGCGGGAAGCCGAAUACUGGAAACUUUCAGCGACAUUCUGCGCUCUCGAACAGCAAUGCAUCAUCAUCACACCCCACGAACAGUGCCGUUGUCACUUUUACAAGAGAUCCUUCGCAACUCCAAGGUGAGCUGCUAACAACAAGGAUCAUCAAAGGACCCAAAGGGUUGGGCUUCACACUAAUUGGCAACGAUGGCAGCUCGCUGCAAGACGAAUUCCUCCAGAUUAAGAAUGUGAUUCCUGGUGGGCCAGCACAUCGCGACGGUAUUCUGCAAAUGGGUGACAUCCUUGUGUUUGUCAAUAAUGACUGUGUUUUGGGCGCAACUCAGGCACAAGCCUGCCAAAUAUUCCAGUCGAUUGGCGUCGGUGAACUGGUUACACUACAGAUCUGCCGUGGCUAUCCAUUACUUUUUGACCCGAAAAAUAAGGUU